AUGACCCCGAAAACAGGACCCUUCGCCACGAGGCCUUCGGCCGAAGAUCUAUCAACCCCCUCGAACUACAAAUACAAGGGUCACCCUAGUCGCCCUAUCAACCUGGCCGGCCGCCCCUUCAAACCCUCCGCCACGACUACGGGUAAAACAUCGGCUCUGAUAGUCAUACACCCAGGCGGUGGUGUUAAAGAGCGAACCGCUCGUCUGUAUGCCAGAAAGCUUGCCACCAACGGCUUUACCACCUUCUGCUAUGAUGCCUCUUACCAAGGCGAGAGCGGCGGGUCACCGCACUCCCUGGAAGACUCCAGCGAGCGUCUUAGUGACAUAUACGCAGUAAUUGGCUACCUCCAGAACCUGGACACCAUUGAUUCAGAUAAGAUUGAGGUUGUUGGAAUCUGA